UUCGUAAAAUAAGUUUUAUAUUACUUUAGCUCAACUUUGCAUGAAGCGCCCAUGCAUUUGAAUGGUGCUUCGCCUCGGAGCUCUGCGUUCGGCUUCUCUGCGCAGCAUGGCCGCGUGGUGCGGAAGUGACGACAUUUUUACUUCCGGUGCACCGGCUGCUAGCUGUGCUCUGCUGCUCGGCUGAAAUCGGUUGCGCGUCGUACCGUGGAAAUGGCUAGUCCCGAAGACGUUGCCGUGAAGCGGGUAGCAUUAUGUUCUGCAGUAUUCGCUGGGUUUGCCUACGUGGGAUACUCAAUCCUGAGAUCGGCAUUUUGCACCAAAGGCUGCGGCCGUGACGAUAAAGGCACUCGGAAACUGGUCAAGUUGAAAAAGAAGAAAAAACACAAGGGGGAAGUCCCGGAGCGGGACCAGAACCACCGCUCUAGUCAGACGGAUCUGACGGUUCCUGCGGACUACACCACAUCGUCUCCAGCAGAGCUGCAUUUCAUCCCCAAGUCGGUGCGGGACAAAGUGCGAGAGUUGAACCUCAAGGCGCGAAUGUUCGACGAGCAGUACUUUGCACGCAUCUUCCGGCCCCGAAGUCUGCAGAACUCCCCCUGGGGUUCCCCCAAGGCACUUAGUCCCGUCGCAGAUUCGAGCAGCAACAACCACAUCAGUCGGUCUGCCGAGAACAUUUACAUGAUGCCGGGAUCGCCACUCAAGCGCAAGAACUCUGGGCGGUCUUCUAGGGCAUCCCUCCACUGGCACUGCAACGACCUGAGUGCCAACCAUGCGGAGGAGCGCAGCCUGUACCGGGCGAUGGUGAAGGAGUCUGACGAGCGGCUGCAAGAGGUGCUCCAUGGCCUGUACAACAAGGCCCGGGUGAUGACUCUGUACGAGGCUAAGUGCCUGGUGACUCUGCUUGGGACCGGCAAUGAGGAUGUGCUUGUCAAGACGCUCACCACCAUGUCCAACUGUGCCGCCUUCACCAUCAACCAGGACUACCUAUGUGAUGUGGGGUGCCUGCCUCUGCUGAAGGACCUGUUGGACCACGAGUGCAUGGCCGUCCAAGUGGCAGCCACGCAGGCUAUUGCGAACAUGGCUGUCAAUGAAAGGAACCAGAGGCUUCUCCAGCCUUGCAUCCCACUGCUGCUGUCGGCGGCAGUGUCCCGGGACGGGGGCCGCUACCUGCAGACGGUCUCGCUGCUGUGCUUGACCAACCUGGCCCUCUCAGACGAGGCGCACGAGGCCUUCCGGGGCAGGCUGCACCAGCUCUGCAUCCUGGUGGAGACCGGAGAGGGCAAUGUGCGCCUGCAGACCCUCAAGCUGCUCGUGAACCUGUCGUGCAACUCCAGCAUGGUGCCCUACCUGUUGGCAGCCAAAGCGCCACAAAACCUGCACUCCCUGCUGGACGGCCCAGACCGCGAGGUGACUCUGCGAGUUCUCACCUACCUGGCCAACGUGGUGAGCUGCGCCGUCAAGAGAGGUCACACGAGCCUGCUCUCCCUGCCGCAAGAGCACAGGGCAGCCGCGCCCGAAACACUCUACGCGGCCCUCUGGGGCGCCCCUUCUGCGGACCACCUGAGGGCCAGGACGAGAGCCCUGGUGCUUAGCUCGGACGAGGACAUCAGCUUUCAGGCGGGGCGCGUGUACGACGCUCUCACGAGGUAACCUGUACGGGUCUGGAGUCGUGGCAUAGGGCAUUGGCUUUUGGCUCCCGGUCCAUAAGACCGAGCGAUUAUGGGAAAGAGUGCACAAUGCGGAGCGGUGGCUCGGAAGGUCUCGUCUGUGAAAGCCACAGGAGCUGCAAUGCUUGCGAGACCCAAACACCUACGAAUAAACUGUAGGGCACGCCUGUUCUUCAACGCGGGCCAUUACAGGAGUAAGCUUGUAAGCAUUCUCGCCAAAACAUCUCAGUUCCUGCCAUCUGUUGGUCCUGAAGAAAAUUGCAGUGUGGAGUGUUAGCACUUACUCGAGACAUUGCUUCUGAGGGUCUUGGAGCACCAUGCAAAUUGCCAUGCUCAAGUAUGAUUGACUCUUCCAUCUUGACUUGUUGAAACAGCAAUGUUCAAAAAAACGAGAGAUAAGUCACACUUGGUCCUAAGGGCAUUUUGGAAAGAGCUGGUUUAUGGCCUGUUCUUGCUAUAAAAUGCUUGUUCCCAACUUCCGCUGCCCUAAACUGAGUGAACCUCGGACGAGGUCUGUGUGGGGCACUGAUUUCAACAUCAUGUUUCGGGGAGCCUCAACGUCCUGCAUAAAUUAUGACUGUUCGUACUUGACACAUCUAUAGAAAAAGGUUUGUUGGUGAUAGUUCAAACCAGUCAGUGUCACUUCAAAUUAUUUAAUAACAUAUGUCAAAAUUUACGGCUAAAACCAACUGCAGCCCGAUUUCUGAUUUGUAUAGCACAGCUUGUCCCGUCAAACUGUGCUAGACGGGCUCUAUAAGGCCUUGCAUUUUUGGCAGGUAUGAAAGCAGGAGAUUACUUUCAAGAACAUGGCCACAAGUUCUUGAUUGUCGAAGAGUCAUUGUUGCUUUAGGAUCACUCAAAACUAUGCUUAGUUCUGCAAUCCCAGUACUUGUGAAAGUCUGACUGAGAUUACUAUGAUGAGCCUAGGCUACGGAAAACAUUGAUGGACAUGUGGAAUCGUUCCUGAGCGAUACAUUGAUGGAGAACAUUGAUGGAAUCGUUCCUGAGCGAUACACAUAGGGUUGUAAUCACAAUUAGUUGGAGCUUGGUGCCUGCUUCCAGUGAAGUGUGGUUGCGGCAGUUCAUGCCGUGACGAUUCUAUAAAGCUACUAACCUUUUGAAAGGAAGUCACAGUGGUUUGAUAAUUUACUGCAUUAUUUGAGGAGGACCCUUCAAAAGCAAAAAAUUAAUAUUGCUUUUUUUUCUUCUUUUUUUUUUCCAAUUGAAGGCACAAGUUUAACACUAAGAGGUAAUAACUGUACUGGCAUCCACCUUCUCAAUGCUUCAAAUUACGGGGAGUGUUUAGGAUUAAAUGCAGUCUAGUAGCAUUGACGAAUGGGAUAGUUGAUAGUUCAUCUUAACGUGUAGCAAACAGCGCAGAGACAUGGACAGUGCAGAAGACUGAAGAGUUUGUGUUUGUUUUCUACUCUGUCCAUGUCCCUGCGCUGUUUGUUACUUGUUAGGAUUAAAUGAAGUGGUGCAGAGGGCAACCAAGCUAGCUUGCUGUGCUCUGCAGCUUGCAAAGCAUUUAGUAUGUUUUUAGCAGCAGCAUGGGCAACAUGCUUAUGCCUUUAUCCUUGAGGUUUACUUAGCAUGGGCUUCGAGGCAAUAUACCUCCUGAGAAAAUAUCACAAGUUUGGAGAUGUCUGUGCUUGCAUAUUUGCUCACUUUUUUUUUUUUUUUUUUUUUAUCUGACAGUUGUGAGAGGAAGCACAAAGUUUAAGGUUUAGGAAUGUUAAUUUUGCACUACCGUUUCUCAUUUAUUGGGCUUUCAUAAAUCUCGAGUUUUGCUUAAUCGACCAUGCACAAAAUGCUCGAGACACUCGGAUAGGAAGAAAAACGCUUGCCGAAAAACCAGUUUCAUCAUUGUUGUGUCUGUGCAAGACAGCCCUGAAGUGGUCUUGUUAGCAGUGUUAAUUUGAGGUGUAUUGCUGGUUGGUGCAGCUUUUAUAUAUGCAAUCUUAAUUUUAUACAUCAUCAUCUGAUCUGUGUUGGUGUGCUAUAGAAGCCUCUGUUAAAAUUCAGAAUUUUUUAAGGUAGUUUCAUGUAGAAUUGAAGGGACUCUGAACCUUAUUGUGGCAAUAUCUGUCCCAUACUACAUAUGCUGCUCCAUUACCAAAGCGUAGACUAUAUAAACGUUUAGCAUACACCGUUUGCAACCAGCAGCAAGCUUGCUGCUAGUUGCAAACGGGUUAUGCAAGAGAACACAAGUUCUACUCGGGAAUGUCAAACCGAGGACAAGGUAUACGGCACUAGUCCACUAUAUUUCCAAAGGGAGUGGUCAUAUACAUAAAGACACCUAUAUUUGGGCAAUAUAUUUAUGUAGCAAACAUCUGGCUCAACUGGUGUAUAAAUCUAGCUUCUUUUGUGGCAAUAAUCAGAAAGAAUCUGAUGUUCUUAAUAAUUUCCUUUCAGUGGGGACAUUGAACAGCAGCAUAUUUUUUUCUUUUAGAUUGCCUUUAAUAAAGCCCAUUCGGCAUCCCAUUAUUGAUCACCUGCUUUGAGAUGGAGAUGGAAUAGGUCUGACUUCUUGUUUGGAAUGCCAUAACAUUAGCUGGCGACGAGGGCUACAUAUUUUUCUGCUUUGCCACAUACAUCUGAGAGACUGUCUGGUAUGCUUUUGUCUCGUUCCACAACACACAAUUGCAGUUGUCCCACACUGCAAAGCCCUUUUAUUUUGCUCCAAGUGUUCAAGCUCGCUGGGUCUAGGUACUCUUCAUUGGUUUGGGCUCGUAAACCCCCUCCCCCCAGCUUGUCGGGAAUGUUUGGGCUUCGGUGCGAGUGUGCGCCCAAUUUGUAGUGGACAUCCCUUUGGGUAGGUCAAAAAGCGAGCCUGUACUGAAUAAGAAAACCGUGAAUGAGUUUUGUGCAACUCGCACAUAUGGAUGCAAUAAUAUCCCACCUCAUUGCAACAGAUCUCUGGUUAGAGGUAGCUUGCCAGACUCGGGCUCCCACCGACACGUUUGUAGUCGCGGAAAACUUAAGAAGCGCGGGGCGUGGCUCCUUAUGUUCUCGCUCCAUGCUUCGCGAUUCAUUCUUCCUCGUUCUUAUCGGCAAACGCGGAGCAGCAGCAAGCUGCUCAGAACUCGCCACGCUCAGAGUUUCUUAACUAACUGUCGGCGACAAUAGCAAGUUUCAACAUGGGGCCGUAGCAUUAGCUUAAGCUACACUGGAGGAUGUUUUGACCGUGGGUUGGACUCGUUCAACAGCUUAGGUAGUUUUGGCAAGGAAUGGUUCACGUGGCAGACUCUACGUAUUUUUGCUACGUCAAAGUGAACAAGUACAAAGAGAAACUGUUAUUGCAUGCCGGCUGCACCGAAGACAAAGCUUCGGUGCAUUCCGGAAGCUGUGUUGGUUCAGGCCACCUCCUAGUGGGAGUAUAGUCCAUGUAAAUAGACAUUGCCCAGACUUUGUUUAGCAUUCUAAUGCUUUCUGUACAUAGUUUCAUAGAUGUGUGUACAUUUCUUGCAGCAGAGUGUUGCGGUGCGAUACUUUUUGGCUUCAUUUUUGUUUUGUCAGACUGGAGUCUUUGUGUAAUAAUGUUACAAGCUUUUUCUCUAGGUGAAGUACCCAGAGCCGUUAUUUUGCAUCGCAUUCCGACCGCCGAGUUAUUUCCUUGAAAAUUUUAUUUUGACCAAUGUAGUCUGACAUGUGCAAAGUGAAAACUGUGUUUCAUGCAAUAGACAGAGCCCGGUUGGAUUGUAAAAGAAUGUCAUGGUUUCCCGGUUGAAUAAAAGUGAGACAACUUUGUCGUCUGGUCACCGACUGCCCGACAGUGCUGCUACUCGAAGAAUAAACGUUUAUU